CUCUCGCUCUCUCUCUGUCAUGGCGGACCUUGAGGACUCUUCCGUGUUCCUGGGCUUUGACUUCAGUUCUCAACAGGUGAAGGUGGUGGCAAUCGAUGGACGUCUGGACGUUCUUCAUCAGAGCAUCGUUCACUUUGACUCUGAACUGCCUGAGUUCAGGACUCAGGGGGGGGUCCAUCUCCAUGGCGACGGACUGAGGGUCACCUCGCCGGUGCUGAUGUGGGUCAAGGCUCUGGACCUGCUGCUGGACAAGAUGAAGACGGCAGAGUUUGACUUCAGCAGAGUCAGAGCGCUGUCAGGCAGCGGCCAGCAACAUGGCAGCGUCUACUGGAGAAGACGAGCGUCUGAGACUCUGUCUCAACUGGACCCGGACCAGAGUCUACACCAGCUGCUGCAGGACAGUUUCUCUGUGUCCGACAGUCCCGUGUGGAUGGACUCCAGCAGCAGGCAGCAGUGUCAGGACCUGGAGGCAGCAGCAGGGGGCGCUCAGAGACUGGCAGACAUCACUGGAUCCAGAGCCUACGAGCGUUUCACAGGAAACCAGAUCGCGAAGUUGCGACAGACGCGACCGGAGGAUUUCCAGGACACAGAGAGGAUCUCAUUGGUCAGCAGUUUUGCCGCCUCCCUCUUCCUCGGGGCUUACGCCGCCAUCGACUACAGCGACGGCUCUGGGAUGAAUCUGCUCGACAUCAGCUCCAGAAGCUGGUCUGAGAUCUGCCUGGACGCCGUCGCUCCACAUCUGGGCCGACUGCUGGGAGCUCCGCUGCCCUCCACAUCUGUACUGGGUCCGGUCUCCUCCUACUUUGUGCGUCGAUACGGAUUCAGUGCCGGCUGCAGCGUGGUGGCGUUCACCGGAGACAACCCAGCAUCUCUGGCAGGAAUGAGGCUGCAGCCGGGGGACGUGAGUGUCAGCUUGGGGACCAGUGACACAGUGUUUCUUUGGCCUCAGCAGCUGCGUCCAGCUCUGGAGGGACAUAUCUUCUGUAACCCUGUGGAGAGGGAGGAGUACAUGGCUCUGCUGUGCUUUAAGAACGGGUCUCUGACCAGGGAGCGCAUCAGGAACCAGGUUGCUGGAGGAUCAUGGGAAGUUUUCUCUGCUGCUUUGAGGGACACGCCGCUCGGGAACGAGGGAAACAUCGGCUUUUACUUUGACACCAUGGAGAUCACCCCCGCUGCCGUGGGAGUUCACCGCUUUGACUCGGACGACACUGAGGUGUCCUCGUUCAGCGCCCAGGUGGAGGUGCGUGCUCUGGUUGAGGGUCAGUUCAUGUCGAGGAGGGUUCACGCAGAGCGACUGGGAUACUCCAUGAGAACCAGGGUUCUGGCGACAGGAGGAGCUUCAUCCAACAAGGAGAUCCUACAGGUUCUGUCUGAUGUGUUCAACGCUCCGGUCUUCACCAUCGAUGUGUCCAACUCCGCCUGCCUGGGAUCAGCCUACAGAGCUGCUCAUGGUCUGGUGUCAGAAUCUGGAGUUUCUUUCUUUGAUGUGGUGAAGAACGCUCCUGAACCACAGCUGGUCGCUACGCCACACCCAGCUGCACAGGAGGUUUACCCCCCCAUGCUGAGGAGAUACGCCCGAUUGGAGGAGAGGGUCCUGCAGCAGAGACCCACCUGAGCCACAGCAGCCAAUUAGAUCUGCUGAUGGAAAUCAACAUUUCACAAAGUAAAUCACUGACCAGUCAAUCAAAUGUGUUUUUGUUAAAACAAGGAACUUGACAGAUUGAGUUUAGCUCAGUGCAGGUGACUGAUAAGCAGCAUUGAACCAUUAGAAUCAGUCAACAGAAGAAAGAGGAAACUAAACCACACUUGUUUAUGUAUAAAUAAAGUUUUUAAAGUUAAA